AUGAAUCUCCGUCGAGUGACCUCGCACAAUUUCCAUACCUUUCGACAUCACUAUGUGUCGGAGGUCUCUGGCUCUCUGGGCGAUCUGGGCACCUUCCUGCCAAUUGCCAUCGCCCUCGCUGUCAAUGGCACUGUCUCUCUUUCGAGCACUCUGAUCUUCUCCGGUCUGUUCAACAUUCUAACAGGCCUCUUCUUCGGGAUUCCAUUACCCGUACAGCCCAUGAAAGCCAUCGCUGCCGUGGCCAUUGCUCGCACUUUCACCAACGGAGCCAUCGCCGCCGCAGGUAUCUUUGUCGGGGCUUGCGUCUUCCUUUUCAGUAUAACCGGACUCCUGAACUGGUUCGCCAAUGCGAUCCCCAUUCCCGUCAUCAAAGGCAUCCAGGUCGGAGCCGGUCUUUCCUUGAUCAUCGCGUCAGGGGGUUCGAUUCUCUCGUCCCUCGGAUGGCUAUACCCGUCCUGGGCUGACAACCGCAUCUGGGCCGUGGCUGCCUUCCUGUUCCUGAUCAUCACCAACGUCUACCGCAACGUGCCCUACGCCCUGCUCGUCUUCAUCCUAGGGCUCUCGUUUGCAGUCAUCGGCAGUGCCCUGGCCUCCGACCUCCCCUCCCUCGUCUUCUGGCACCCCUUCACCGUCAUCCCAUCCGCACACGAAUGGCGAAUCGGCGCUCUAGACGCGGGAGUCGGCCAGAUCCCCCUGACGACCUUGAACUCCGUCGUCGCCGUUGUUCACCUAGCCGGGGACCUCCUCCCAACCCUGGAGACUCCCUCCAUCACCUCCGUCGGCCUCAGCGUUGCCGGCAUGAACCUCAUCGGAUGCUGGUUCGGCGCGAUGCCCGUCUGCCACGGCUCCGGCGGUCUAGCGGCCCAGUACCGCUUCGGCGCCCGGUCCGGCGCCAGCGUCAUCAUCCUGGGGGCUCUCAAGCUGAUCAUCGGCGUCUUCUUCGGUGAAUCCCUCGUCGGCCUGCUGAAGCGCUUCCCCACCGCCCUGCUCGGCGUGAUGGUCAUCGCCGCCGGCCUGGAACUGGUCAGCGUGGGCGAGUCCCUGAACACCACCGGGGCGCGGGAUAUCCGCAAGGCAAGCCACGGGUUCGCCGGCGACGGCGCGCAGGAGAUCGGUCCGAUGCUGAGCGACUGGGAGCGGAAGCGCAGGUGGACCGUCAUGAUGGUCACCGUGGGGUUGUUGGUCGGGUUCAAGAACGAUGCCGUCGGCUUCGUGGCCGGCAUGCUCUGCCAUUGGGGGUAUGAGUUGCCCACGCUGUUUGAGCGGGCGCGUGAACGGUGGAAUCAGAGGCGGAUUCAGUUGGAGUGA